AUGCGCUGUGCAGGCGAUAUUCGUCCACAAGGCCUCGUGCAGCCUCUGCACUGCAUACCCGAGAAGUCUAUUGUUGACUGGCUGCUACAAGUGGCCCUGGCGCUAGAGCACAUGCACUACCACAACAUGUUACACCGAGGUGUCACGGCAGAGAACGUUCUCCUUUGCACCCCGUGCGACAGCAACCCCGCGCGUGUGCGGCUGGGGAUGGGCGUGGCCGCUGAGACGACACGCCAGGAACCGUACGACUGCAAGUCAGGUGAGAUGACACGCAAGAUGUAA